CAAGCCAGCAGCCCUCUGGAAGCCUUCCCCCAUCAGACUCUGCAGGGCACAGUCACGGCCGCAGUGCUCCCUCCCCACGCUGCUGGGAUGGAGAGUCGGCAGCACAGCACCACCAAGGAGCCCGAGAUCGAGCUGUUUGUCAAGGCUGGUCUGGAUGGAGAAAACAUCGGGAACUGCCCCUUCUGCCAGCGCCUCUUCAUGGUGCUCUGGCUCAAAGGGGUCAAGUUCAAUGUCACCACGGUGGACAUGACCAGGAAACCUGAAGAAUUGAAAGAUUUAGCACCAGGCACCAACCCACCCUUCUUGCUGUUCAACAAGGAGCUGAAAACAGACUUCAUCAAGAUUGAGGAGUUCCUGGAGCAGACCCUGGGUCCACCCACGUAUCCACACCUGAGCCCCAAGUACAAGGAGUCCUUUGAUGUGGGCAGCGACAUCUUUGCCAAGUUCUCGGCAUACAUCAAGAACCCACGCAAAGAAGCAAAUAUCAAUUUUGAGAAGGCUCUGCUGCGGGAGUUCCAUCGCCUGGAUGUCUACCUGAACACUCCUCUCCCAGAGGAGAUUGACCAGGACAGUGUGGAGGACGUCACCAUUUCCAAGAGGAAAUUCCUGGAUGGAGACCAUCUGACUCUGGCUGAUUGCAACCUCCUGCCCAAAUUGCAUAUCAUCAAGAUUGCAGCCAAGAAGUAUCGUGACUUCGAGAUCCCGGGGGACAUGACGGGCGUCUGGCGCUACCUCAACAACGCCUAUGCCUGUGAUGAGUUCACCCACACGUGUCCUGCGGACGAGGAGAUCGAGCACACGUAUGCCAGCGUUGCCAGGAAGAUGACCUAACCACGGGGUGGGCUGGGCUGGCAGCAUUGCCCUGGCUGAGCCCUCCAGCUCUGCAGCCCUGACACAACCAAAACCAGCCGAUGGAGAGACUGGAGAGGGCUUACAGCAUUGCUAGCUCCUGCCUUUCAGAAACAGCACCUUGCUUCACAGCCCCCGCCACUGCCUCCUCCUUCUGUGCUGCUGGCUGCAGCCCCUGGGCACCAGCAGUGCUGACCACAUACACACACUGCUCCCAUCUGGAUGUAGUGCAUCCCUGCUCCCUGAAAACAUUUCUCACAGCCCGUGACUAUGUGUCAUGGGAAAAGCUGAGCACUAGCCUCCUGCAGUGGCGCUUUCGUGGGACAGACGAGACCCCCAGCCAGGCCAGCCCAGCCUCCCAUCCCCAUCUGCCAGCCCUGUGUGGUCCCAGCCGUCCUGGGCUUGUCGUGGGAUCCCAGGGCUGGAGCUCUUUGCAUUCGCCUCUUGCCAACCUGCUCGGCCCCCGGGGCUGGCAUUUGGGCAGCCCUCUCUUCCGAGACACCAGCUCCCUCUGAAGAUGUGGAAAGGCUCUUCUCAGGCAGCUCAUCACAGUGAAAAUUGUGCUCACUGCUGAGGGCUGUGACACGGGUCUGACUGCCCGUGGACGUGGGGUAGGUGGGUGCUGGGGAUGAUGUCCGGUGCAACGGUGCCGGGACCAGGUACAGGAGGGAACAAAGGAUCAGGGGACCUGCAGAGGGCCUGAGGGUGAGGGGCUGAGGAUCAGAGCAUCCCUCCCAUCUUUACCAGUGCCCAGGGCCACGUGCUGCUGGCUGCAAGGUCCUGCUCAGCUCCUCCCAUCUCAGAAGCCACCGCGCCUUGCAGAACCCUGCAGAGGGUGCAGCCACGCUCCAGCUCCAUACCCCCCUAGUUCCCACCAACACUUCUGGAACCUGGGACUGGGAGCAGCCACAGGGUAGGGCACACGUUUAGUUUCCACACUGGAAAGCCCAGGAGAACAGACAGCAGCUGUUUGGCAAAGCUCUGUUUGUGGAAAGGUGUGGGCAGUGCCCCUUGGCUCAGCAUGCCUUCACGUCCUGUGUCAAAGCUGCUCUGCACAGCCAUGACAUCCUCUGCUCCCCCUCUGACACCUCCAGCUCCCCCAGGACUCCCACCAGGGCCUGAGAAUUCGGCCAGCCCUCCCUAAGCAGCCCCAGGGCAAAUGGAUACUGUACAGUGGGCACGGUGGGUUCUGUGGGAGCUGAAGCGAGCAGAGCCCCCUCAGCCCUCACUGCCACUUUCCUCUUUGCACUAAUGGAGUGUCCUUGCAAGCCUGUCUCAGAUAGUGCUGGGUUUGGGGACUGGGUUUGUUACUAAUGGGUUUUGGUUUGUUGGUUUUUAUAAAGAACAGCAAUAAACUGUGUUUUAAUAUGC